UUCGUGUUUUUGUCCUACGAUAACGGUGAAAAAAAAAGAGUUCCGUCUAAUUUUCGAAGCAAACAUGAAAUCCUAAUCAUUCGACAAUAACACGCGUGGAAAUUCAAAAUGUUCGUCGAGGACCUGAAGAACGAUUUCUACAAUGUACUUUUAGGAAACAGGGUGUUGUUGUUGGUCCACUACGACGUCGAUGCGAUCUGUACUUGUAAGAUACUGCAGGGUUUGUUCAAAUGCGAUAAUAUUUCGUAUACUUUAGUGCCCGUGGGGGGUAUAUCGGAGUUGAAGCAAGCGUACGAAGAGAAUAAUGAAGAGAUAAAGUAUGUGUGCCUGGUGAACUGCGGGGGCACUAUAGAUCUGGUGGAUAUUCUGCAGCCGGAAGAGGAUGUGGUGUUCUUUGUGCUGGACUGCCAUAAACCUACGGAUGUGUGCAAUGUUUAUAGUGAUGGGCAGGUUAGAUUAGUGUACAAAGAUGAGGAAGAGAAGAUUCCAAACUUUGAUGACAUCUUCAGGGACGAUGAGGAUGAAGAGGAAGAGGAAGCGGAGGGCGGGCGCGAAGGCCUGGAGGCGCUGGUGGAGCGCCGGCGGGCGCGCCGCGCCUGGGAGGAGCGCCGAGACACGCUCAUGUUCAACUACACACAGUUCUCAUACUACGGCAAACCUAGUGCGCUGGUAGCCCUAGAUCUGUCAUGGCUGGUGUCUCGCCUCGGGCCUCGGGAGGCGUGGGCCGGGGCGGUCGCCAGCGCGGCGCACGAGGCGUGGGGCGCGCGCGGCGCGGCCGCCUGUCUGCUGGACGCAGCGCUACUCACCCGAGUCAGGAGCCAUAGCAGCGACAAUUCAGUGGAGCUAGUGUUGGAGAAAGACGCCCCUCUGCCGCUGUACCGCUGGUGGUCUCUGGAAAGCGCGCUGAAACACUCCCCCUCUAUAGGACCGUUCCUCAAACUACAUUCCCUCGCUGGCGUGUCAAGAUUACGGCAGCUGUUAGCUGACAUGGGAUUCCCGUUACAACAAGCACGGCAAGCAUACCGUUCCAUGGACGUGGAACUCCGCCGGGGCUUGCUCGAAGCCCUAGAAACAGCGGGCGGCCGUCUAGGGCUUCGUGACGUGUCCAAGACUGCUUAUAUACUCAGACGUGCGCACGCGCCUCCGCUGUCGGCGCUGGACGCCGUGUACGCGACCGCCGCACUGCUCGAACACGAAACCAUACCCCGUUCCGAAGGCUUCCAACUCGCAUUAUCCGCCUUAGACUUAGAAAGCGAAAACGAGAGCCUUCGCCUAGGCAUACAGUCCGCACAGCGAUCACUAGAAGCUGUGGCUAGACUAGUCAACGCUACACUCUCAGCGAGGGCCUUACAUUUGGCUGGACCAUUCACAUAUUUCAUUGUUCAUGAGGGCACGCCAGAGGCGGCCCGGGUGGCGGGCCCGCUGUGGCUGGGCGUGGCGGCGCGCUGGGCGGCCGACGCGGCGGGCGCGCGCGCGCUCGUGGCCUCCGCGCCGCUGGACAGCCAGCGCUGCAUCAUGCUGGGGGUGCCUCCCCGGAGACAGGAACCCGCUAAUUUAUUCGGCGCGGCAUUUUCACAAGCGGCGGCCAAGAGCGGCGUCUCCGUGUCUCUGGACCACGUGGACUCCUCUGUCGUGACACUGCCCACAGCUCAACGCGCGCAAUUCCUUGACGCGCUCACUGCGCUACUCGCCGACACCUGAACCUCGUUAAACGCACGCCUAUUAGCUUAUCGGCCCAGCCACGACAUUGGUCUAAGCGCGACAGCGGUGAGCGGCGGCCAUACAUUAGAGCGAGACACAGCGAUGGGACUUUCCAUUCGUACGUAUGGCUGCCGCUCACCGCUGUCGCGCUUAGACAAAUGUGGCCGGACCGUAUCACUCACGGAAAAAUAUCAGUUUACCUUUACAGCCGGGUCCGCACUCGCGACUCUCGCGAGAAAAAUCUCCGCACAUCAUAGAGGAAUAAGUAAGGGAAGAGUUGUAACUCCAUGUAUAUUAAAAAAAAAAAUUAUAUAUAUUAUGAGCCUAUUGUGUCCCACUGGGCAAAGACCUCUGAGGUGUAGGUCCACACACACAUACGUACUUAGACCACCCACGAAGGAUAGGUAUGUAGGUUGCAUUACAAGGUUAUUGGAAAUGUACAAUGUAGGCCAAGGUUAGCUGAUGCAACCUACAUACCUAUCCUUCGUGGGUGGUCUAUGUACGUGUGUGUACCUACACCUCACCUCCCCACUCUUUUCCAUUCCUCUCGGUUUUGUGCGACAAUUGACCAGUCUCUCAAAAAGGAGUCUAAGUUAUCCCGCCAUCGCCGACGAGGUCUGCCGGAUCCUCGGUUUGACAAGAGGGGCUCCCACUGCGUGGUAGUCUUGGCCCAUAAGUCAUUCAAACGUGGCCAGCCCAGUACCACUUUAACUUGGCCACUUUCCGAGCUACAUCAAUUAUCUAUCAGUAAAUGCAAGUUAUUUGUUACUACAUCUAGCGUUAUCCCGUCUACUAGCGUAAAUUAUCAGUACUGCUACUUGUCAAUAGAUGUCGCGACGAACAUAAAGUCU